UUCAGAUCAAAACGUGUGAUUUUUGCUUGAUUAGUUUUUCUGAGAAGCACCAAGUGCAGUGAUGCAAUAGUAUAUUCUUCAGAACUGCUUUCCAGUCAGUCAUUGAAGUGGCACCACAGGUAGGCUCCAGCAGGGCACUUUGAAGUGCUUGAAAGGAUUUAAGAUACUGUACCAUCUAAGACUUGAUUUUUUUUUUUUCUUUAAGGGUGGAUGAAACCUGACUUUUAAAGCCAAUAUCUUCCCGUGCCAGUUUCACUCUGUCAUACACACCCUUCACAUUUCUGCCGCUCUUUGUCCUCUCUGCAGGUAUGUUACCACUGUAGCCCUGUCUCCCAGCAUGCCGUGGAUUGCAACCGGCUCCAUGGACAGAACGGUGAACGUGUGGAGGAUAGGAGAUGGAGACAGCAGAACUGCGCCUGAAUCGAGGCAGACAUUGUGCCAAGGAAGGAAGCUGCCGGGUCACUCCAGGCUGCUGGUUGCUGAUUGGUCGGAGGAGGAUGUGCAGACUUGGCUGUGUGAGGAAGGACUGGAGGAGCUCGUCUGCAACUUUAAAGCCAACAACAUCGAUGGACCAGAGCUCAGCCAGCUGAACAAGGAAACAGCCGCAGAGCUGGGAAUUGAGUCUGUGGGCCUCCGCAGUCGUCUCCUGAGGAAAAUCGAGGCCUUGAAGUCAGAGCAGAGCGGCUCAGAGGCCCCUGAUGAGUUUCUGUGUCCAAUCACCAGAGAGCUGAUGAAGGAUCCAGUCAUUGCUGCAGACGGAUAUUCCUAUGAGCGAGAGUCCAUUGAGAGCUGGAUCAGAGGCAAGAACAAGACCAGCCCCAUGACAAAUCUGCCCCUACAGACCACACUCCUCACCCCCAACAGAUCUCUGAAGAUGGCAAUAACACGAUGGAAGUCAAGCCAGUAGACAAUAGCUCAUUUUAGCUUCUUUGUCAGAAUCCACCAAACAGAUACUACAUAAUUUAACAGUAAAUGUUCAUUAGAUAACAAGUGCUUUCAUUACCACUGAUUACUGAUCACUGAUUAAUUACUGUACAAGUAAAUCAAGGAAAAUUUACCCAGUAAAACCUAGUCCUAUUUAGCAAAAUGCCUAAAUAUGCCUGCCAAUUGUGAAGGCAUUAUACUGUGUGUCAGUGACACUUUUGAAUACAGCAAUAACACAUUCUUCCUCUUCAAAUUAAAAAGUGUGAUUCAUAAUAAGAACCACUGUCCAAAUCAAACAGCUUGCAUAAUUCGGCUUUAAAUACUGUAAAGUUGUGUGCACUGUAGGCUUUUUACCAGUGACCAAAUUGCUUUUGACGACAAUUAAAUGUCCUCUUAAUUUAAGUAGUAUUGUGUCUUAGAAUAAAAGUCACCAGGUUUUUCAAAAACACACACACACACACACACACACAAAAAAUAGACUGUGAUGCUAGGUGUCAGCACCUGACCCCGAUGCCCAUCCCUGCAGGUGGAGGGCCCACAGGGGACGGCUCUGUGCUAUUUCUUUGGGCUGAGCCCGACUGGGCCCCAUGGCUAUAGACCCAACCACCAGAUGCUCGCCAGUGAACUCCCCUCCCAGGUCUGGCUCUUAGUGGGAUGGUAGUUUCCCCUGUUCUGGGCGAGGUGCCUUGUCAUCAGAGUCUGUGAAUUGCUCUUGGUUUGGUCCCUCCCCUGGGAUCAGUCUACCUUGGCAGACACUACUGGGGGUAUUGCCUCAGACAACUCCCAGCUCCCUGGAUCAUCGGGAUGCACAAACCCUUCCACCA